CGGGUGUCACAAACAGAUGUCAAUUAUGUGACACCGUACGUUAGAAUAGACUGGUUUCAUCAAAUUAUACCGAUGCCUACCGCCACGUCACCCAACGAACUGUGGCAUGGGUUUCAAAGAGAAUUCAGUCCACUCCACGAUCUGAUGAUCAUGAAAAUAAAGAGAUGGCACGUGUCAUUCAUCGACCCCAAUCCGAGCCUUUACUCAUUCACACAGUACGGGGUGGGCCCUCGAACCAGCUACCGACAAGCAGGGCCCAUGCUGACGGCGAUAGCGUGGAAGGAAGAUAUAUUGGAUCAACCGUUCAAAUACACUUAUUUACAUAGAAAACGAGAGUGGGAUACCAUCAUGAGGUCAAAAGCAUAUGAGGAGGACGAAAGUGUGAUUGAAGAUUGCGAAGAGUACAUGCCCCGGUACUGGGGCUACUUUAUUUGUAUCAGAAACGUUGACAAUUCCAAACGUAUUAGAUCAGGAGCACUUUUAUUUUACAACAACACGUUGUAUGGUGUCAGCAGCUUUGUCCUGAAGAAAGGCAACGACAGUAUACUGGUCUUCACUGAUGUGAGGCCUUAUACUGACUUAAUAUUUGAUAUCUGCAAAAGAAAUAAGAUCCGUCCUUAUUAA